AUGAAAAAAGGGAGCAAGGCACAACCAAGGAUCUUAUUUUUCAGCCCAUUCAGCAACUCGGAAGAGCCCGUGAUAUAUACCCUUGACAAGAAUGGUAACUUGACAAAGGAAGCAACAGAAUUGAUGAAAAGUGGAUUUCCAAUUAAAGAAGAGCCAUGCCAAAUUAUCCAAGAUAACUUCAUUGAUCCAAUUGAUGAUUCAUAUACAUACAUUAACCAGGAUCUUAAUUUGCUCGAUUGCACGCCAAAUUUCGGUAAUGUUACAGAUUUACUCUUGGAUUCCAAGGACUACAUAUCUCUUGACUUCUAA